CCUCGCUCUUUGGACUCGUCACCCGCCCCUCCUCCUCCCGCCGCCGUCACCCAGGAAACCGGCAGCAAUCGCCGGCCGACCUGAAGCUGGUUUCAUGGCAGCCUCAAAGAAGGCAGUUUUAGGGCCAUUGGUGGGGGCGGUGGACCAGGGCACCAGUUCGACGCGCUUUUUGGUUUUCAAUUCAAAAACAGCUGAACUACUUAGUCAUCAUCAAGUGGAAAUAAAACAAGAGUUCCCAAGAGAAGGAUGGGUGGAACAGGACCCUAAAGAAAUUCUACACUCUGUCUAUGAGUGUAUAGAGAAAACAUGUGAGAAACUUGGACAGCUCAAUAUUGAUAUUUCCAACAUAAAAGCUAUUGGUGUCAGCAACCAGAGGGAAACCACUGUAGUCUGGGACAAGAUAACUGGAGAGCCUCUCUACAAUGCUGUGGUGUGGCUUGAUCUAAGAACCCAGUCUACCGUUGAGAGUCUUAGUAAAAGAAUUCCAGGAAAUAAUAACUUUGUCAAGUCCAAGACAGGCCUUCCACUUAGCACUUACUUCAGUGCAGUGAAACUUCGUUGGCUCCUUGACAAUGUGAGAAAAGUUCAAAAGGCCGUUGAAGAAAAACGAGCUCUUUUUGGGACUAUUGAUUCAUGGCUUAUUUGGAGUUUGACAGGAGGAGUCAAUGGAGGUGUCCACUGUACAGAUGUAACAAAUGCAAGUAGGACUAUGCUUUUCAACAUUCAUUCUUUGGAAUGGGAUAAACAGCUCUGCGAAUUUUUUGGAAUUCCAAUGGAAAUUCUUCCAAAUGUCCGGAGUUCUUCUGAGAUCUAUGGCCUAAUGAAAAUCUCUCAUAGCCUGAAAGCUGGGGCCUUGGAAGGUGUGCCAAUAUCUGGGUGUUUAGGGGACCAGUCUGCUGCAUUGGUGGGACAAAUGUGCUUCCAGAUUGGACAAGCCAAAAAUACGUAUGGAACAGGAUGUUUCUUACUAUGUAAUACAGGCCAUAAGUGUGUAUUUUCUGAUCAUGGCCUUCUCACCACAGUGGCUUACAAACUUGGCAGAGACAAACCAGUAUAUUAUGCUUUGGAAGGUUCUGUAGCUAUAGCUGGUGCUGUUAUUCGCUGGCUAAGAGACAAUCUUGGAAUUAUAAAGACCUCAGAAGAAAUUGAAAAGCUUGCUAAAGAAGUAGGUACUUCUUAUGGCUGCUACUUCGUCCCAGCAUUUUCGGGGUUAUAUGCACCUUAUUGGGAGCCCAGCGCAAGAGGGAUAAUCUGUGGACUCACUCAGUUCACCAAUAAAUGCCAUAUUGCUUUUGCUGCAUUAGAAGCUGUUUGUUUCCAAACUCGAGAGAUUUUGGAUGCCAUGAAUCGAGACUGUGGAAUUCCACUCAGUCAUUUGCAGGUAGAUGGAGGAAUGACCAGCAACAAAAUUCUUAUGCAGCUACAAGCAGACAUUCUGUAUAUUCCAGUAGUGAAGCCCUCGAUGCCCGAAACCACUGCACUAGGUGCUGCUAUGGCGGCAGGGGCUGCAGAAGGAGUCGGCGUAUGGAGUCUCGAACCCGAGGAUUUGUCUGCCGUCACAAUGGAGCGGUUUGAACCUCAGAUUAAUGCUGAGGAAAGUGAAAUUCGUUAUUCUACAUGGAAGAAAGCUGUGAUGAAGUCAAUGGGUUGGGUUACAACUCAAUCUCCAGAAAGUGGUAUUCCAUAAAACUUACCAACUCAUGGAGUCCCAAGAUGUGAGCUUUUUACAUAAUGAAAGAACCCAGCAAUUCUGUCUCUUAAUGCGAUGACACUAUUCAUAGACUUUAAUUUUAUUUAUAAGCCACUUGCUGCAUGACCCUCCGAGUAGACCUGUGGCUUAAAAUAAAGAAAAUGCAGCAAAAAGAAUGCUAUAGAAAUAUUUGGUGGUUUUUUUUUUUUUUUUUUUUUAACAUCCACAGUUAAGGUUGGACCAGCUACCUUUGGGGCUGACCCCCUCCAUUGCCAUAACAUCCUGCUGCAUUGCCUCUAAGAUGUAGGAAGAAUUUGGAUCCUCACCAUUGGAAUCUUCCAUCAAACAUAUUCAAACACUAUUGGACCAGGAUUUGAGUCUCUGCAUGACAUAUACUUGAUUAAAAGGUUAUUACUAACCUGUUACAAAUGAACAGCUCUUUGAUUUUAACGGACACCCCAAAAGUCUUCUUGUCUACAUAGUAGAAGACGGCAACACCUUCACUGAAUGUUUGAAUAGAAACUUCUACUAAAUUAUUAAAAUAGACAUUUAGUGUUCUCACAGCUUGGAUAUUUUUCUGAAAAGUAUUUGCCAAAACUGAAAUCCUUCAGAUAUUUUCCUUUGUCCCACUAGUUAUGAUGACUUUCUGUCUGGAUCUUACAGGAAAGGAUACUUUCUUUUUUCUUCCAUCUUUCCUUUUUAUAUUUUUUACUUUGUCAUACCUGCCUAUAUAUUUUAUACACUGAGGGUAGCCCAUUUAUAAAUUAAGAGCACAUUAAAUUCAGAAGGUUCUAACAGGGCUGGUCUUAAGUGAACCACUAUGUAUAUAAAUAUGUUAGAAAACAGCUGUAUACAUUUUUGGGCAACGGUUAUGCAUAAUAUUUACCAGGAGAAUUUUUUUCUUAAAGAGCCAACAUUUAAAAUUUAUGUUUUAUGUCAAUAAAAGAAAAUAUACUUUAUUGUGACUUCAACUAUAUUUCUUAUCCCUUACAUUUUUAUUUGUCUUAGCUUAAAAAAAGAAGAAACUGUGGAAUACUACAGUAAAUAUUGUUUUCAAACACAAGCAAUAAUUCAAAUAGUUAUUUUUCUUUUGAAUUAAUUUUAGACAUAUUUGGGAUCCUAUUGAGGGGAUAAGAGGAUGUCAAAAAAAGUUAAAUACCUAAGUAGAAAAAAAUAUAGAAAUAAAGCCAAUAAUCUCUUUCAGUUCAAAUGUUAGCAACUGUUAAUAAGAAAUUGCUUUCUGGGAUGACGGAAUUAUCUCUGCUUAGUAUCUUAUUGUAACUGAAAAAAGGUUUAUCAUUACAAAUGCCUUCCAAUGAAACCAAGAAUUUCUCAAAAUAUUUAAUGUCACAUAAGAAGUUACCUAAUCUAGCUUCUUAAUGUCAAUUUUUAAAAAAUCUUAAAAUUACUUAGUUUUGUAGUAAACAGUGAAUAAAAGGUUGCCUCCUAAUUAUUUUUUUCAAUUAGUGCUGAAUGGGAAAACAUUUAUAUCUUACUAUAAAAGGUUCUGUUUUGUUUGGAAUUGAUGGUAGCUUUAUUUACUGUUCUGAUUGUGCUGUUUCUAAAUUAUUGAAUCUGCUAGGUUUCAUUGAUGCAGCCACCACUUAAGUGACAUAAAUAUUAUAGAGAGGUACUGUGAAAUGAUCACUUUGUGGCAGGGGUACUUUUAAACAAUGUUUCUACAAAAGUAGGUUGAGUUCAUUGUAAAUAAUUGUGAAAACCACUGUUCAAAUAAUUUUAAGAUUACAUUAAUUUUUCUAUAAAUUGUAGAUUUAUAAAUGUUUGAAAUUGUACACAUUGAUAUUUAAUGACAAAUUUACUUAAAAUAAAUUGACCCCUCAUUCUUA